CGUCCAAGCAAGCAGCUAACUUGUUUUCAAGAAUGGCGACCUCCAAGAAGGGGAAGAAAGUUGUAAAUCAGGAGGAGCUCCGUCGAUUAAUGCGUGAAAAACAAAGACAGACGACGGAGAAGAAGCGUGUUGAGUCUCCUUUCGCCAAAUACAACAGCCUGGGACAUCUCAGCUGCGUCCUGUGCAACGUGCAGGUGAAGUCGGAGCUCCUGUGGCCGGCUCAUGUCCUCGGUAAACCGCACAAAGAGAAAGUUGCCGAGCUGAAAGGAGCGAAACAAGCACCGGCACCAGCACCAGCACCGAGUCAGCCGGUGAAGAGGAAAGCACCGGACAACGAGGAGCUCAACGGGAAGAAGGUGAAACCGGCGGUGCAGGCUGCAGGCCGGGCUGCUGCGUCGGAUCUGCCUGGAGACUUCUUCCAGAAACCCAGCAAGAUAGAGCCAGCUGCUGCUCAAACAUCUGCAGGUCUGAGUCUGUUAGCCGGGGUGUAUGAUGGGGACAGUGAUGGAGAGGAGGCUGCAGUGGCGGGGACAGCAGCAGACGCCCUUCCUCAGGCGACUGAAGCUUCAGGACUACCAGCGGAUUUCUUUGACAGCUCCAUCCCGUCCACCCCGGCCAUCUCCCACUCAGGAUCCAUCCUUAAAGCGGACGCGACGGAGAAAACACCAGAAAAGAAAGAAAACACAGCCGAGGCGCUACCCGAGGGCUUCUUCGACGACCCUGUGAGAGAUGCCAAAGUGCGUAACGUGGACGCACCCAAAGACCAAAUGGACAAGGAGUGGGAAGAGUUUCAAAAGGAGAUACGGCAAGUGAACACAAAAUCUGAGGCCAUCGUAGCAGAGGACGACGAGGAGGGUCGCCUCGGACGUCAGAUUGACGAAAUCGAUGAACAAAUUGAGUGUUAUAAGAGAGUGGAGCUGCUGAGAGACAAGAGAGAUGUGGUGAAGAGCAAACCUCUGCCCAGGAAGCAUGACCCUAUGGACACUGAUGCCAGCAUGGAGGAGGAAGAGGAGAAUGAAGAAGAGCUGCUGGGGCUUUUGUCUCGGGACUGGAGAGCCAAAGGGGCAUUGGCAUAAAUUUCAUACUUUCAACUAUAAAAAAAACCCACCAGUGACUGAUCUGAUGUUUGUACAUUAUGUUUAAAGGAUGGGUACACAAGUCUGUCUUAAAACAGCAGCCAGGAGCCCAAAUGUAUAUUUAAAGGAGUUUUUUUUCUUGUCAUAGUCAUUUGCUGGCUGUUAAAGGAUCCCCUUCAAAUGCCCCAUGUGCAAAAAUGUAUGUAAAAGUUAAUCUGAAGCUAAUACAAAGCUUCAGUCCACGAGUCAAAUUAUGGAGAUAUUUUUCAAUGUCAGUCUUUUGAGUGCCAUAGUCUCUUUUUGUUACUAUACUUCCACCACUGCUCAAGAGGAAACACAAACAGGGAAUUUAAAAAGACUGUAAAUGUGUCAGAUAUCCACUUGAUAUUUUUCCCUGACUGCUGUAACCUCAUAAUCUCUCCAGAUUAAUUUUUUAAAUGCAUUUUUUUGCACUAAGGGCAGUAUUAACAGGAGGAAUUAUUAUAGCGAGGAAAAAGCUCUUCCAGAGUUCAUUAUGGGCACCUGACUGUUGCUUCAAGACUUGGAAAUACAGAUGUUAGAGGGGUUCAUUUUGUAAAAGCCUUUUGGUAAUCCACCAACUGUAAAUAUGUCUUGAUCACAUGUACUUUUUCUUUAUUUCCGACUGGAUUAAAUGUGAUGCAGUUGAGUGUCACAGCAAGACAUGAUUUCUUAGUUUGUGACUUAAAACAGC